CAGAUAUAAAGGGCGACGUCAAAAUAGAAACUUUUUUUUCUUUCUUUUAGGAUCCAUAAGGAUUUUAUUGCCUAAAACUGCAUGGCUAUAUCAUUCCUAAUCAAAACAGUGAAAAUGGUUUACUCUUUAUUUUAUUACGCCUCGUCAUUAAUUUCAUUUUUGUGUCAUCUUUUAUGGACUCUAUUGCUCAUCAUCGGUGGUGGCAUGCCAUGGUUGAUAAUUUUGUUGAUUUUGGUGUGUAUCGUAUCGAAAUUUGUCGCAUUGAAGCGAAGUCCGCACUUGAAGAGUUUCAUCGAUAAAUUCGAAAAUGUGAACGAAAACGACAAUAGUUGUUUGUGUUGGCCCAUAGCGAAUCGAGGAAGUAGUUUUGAUGUUCCGGAAAAUUCACAUUUCGCAUUAAAAUCGUGUGAAAAGUUCAAAUGCAAGUCAAUUCUACUGGACCUCGCAAUGACAAAAUGUGGCGAGUUAAUUGUGGUCCAUAAAUCGACAAUCGAAAAGGGGAACAUUUAUGAACCCAUUGAGAAGAUCACUUUUGAUUCGUUGAAAAAUUUUAACAUCUCCGAACACCAUCCAUUAGGCAACCAAUUUCCACCAGAGAAAAUACUAAGUCUGCCGAAUCUAUUGACCUUAUUGGAAGGAAUGGAUGUCACAGUGUUUCUACUGCUGUCGUCGACAUCAUCGAAAUGCAUCGAUACCGUUAAACGAGUCGUUCAAUCGAAUGAAAAUUUUACGAAAAAGAUUAUCUUGUGCUCCAGCUCCGCUUUCGCUAUUUACCAAAUGCGCAAAUCCUGCCCAGAUCUAGUUUGUGGUUUAUGGAUGGAUAGAACACCGAAACUGGAAAAUCAGUACAUCUUACGACCGAAGACAAUCAUUAUGUCCCUAUACAGUGCCUUCUUUCAAAGUAUUUUGGCACCAGUUAUCGGAAUCAGUGUUGUGUUCAUCGAUAAAAAUGAAUUUAACGAGAGCGUCAAAAACCUGUGGAGAAAUGCCGGUGUUCAUCCCGUUGUUUAUUCAGUAAAUUCGCCGAAUGAAAAGCGAUAUUUCCAGCAAGUGUUCAAAACGAGGUAUUUAACCGACACUCUGAGAUCCGAACCGCAAAUUGUCGUCAAACAAUCGAGUGCGUAUCAAGGUACAGUACGUUAAUGGCAGGGAGUGCUUUUUGUAUCAACUUUUCACAGAAAUUAUUUCUGGAAAACUUUUGAAAAACUUGGGAAAAUGAGAACAUUUUUUCCCAUAAGUAGUGCGUAGUGGGUAGUAACUAGAUCAGUGACAUAGUAUUUUUCAUUUUUAAAUUUGAGCAGGGAUCAGAGUCCAGUUUUAGCUUUAGUUUUGGUUUACCACCACUUUCAGUAUAUAUAGUCGGAAUACUCAUUCUUUGAACCAUGUAGGGCGCUACGUCAACUUUUGAUCAUUCAGACAUUUGCAGUGCUUUGCUAUAAACUUAAAUUUAACUGGAAUUGAGGGAAAUGUCAAAGGUUUUGUGAAUGAAAGUAAAUCGAAAUUUAAAAUUCGAAUUUUCGAAACACUUUUGGAUGUGCUUUUCUCUCAUUUUGACGUUUCCCUCAAGGUCAGUUACGCUUAACUGAGCCUUAAUAUCUCUUCGUUAAUAAUAGCGAGAUGAACUGUAGCGUUCUAAACCAUACAUACAAGUUUGAGAGCAUUUGCUCAUACUGAUAUUGCGAAUGUUUCGUAGAGUGGAUGGUUGUGGUUGGAUUAUGUGGAGCAAGUACAUUUCCAACAAAACAUUCCCCAUUCACAAAUAGCUUUAGCCAGCACCUGUGAAACGUAUGAAGCUUAGAAAAGGUCAAUUUAAACUGACCUGAAACUUGAAUGUGAUCUCGUCAAUGAACGGACUGGUUAUUCAAAGACCCUUCGGACGUUCUAUAUAGAUAAAAUGUGAAAACAUUCCUUCCAGCAAGGCAGGUUAUCUGAAUGAGAAUUUGAGCUGAAGCCUGGCGUCACAGCUUCGAAUGUAACCAUUAGUUUCAAGUCCAAGUAAGGUCAUUUUUCUUACAAGUCCUGAAGUGAACUGUUUUUCGGCCGCGGUUAACUUUGGUUGACCUAUUCCGAACUUUACAAAUCGACAGUGCAACUGAUAAACUUCAGCAUCAAAUUAAUUACCAGCCGUAAAAAGUCGUUUUUGGAAAAUCUAUUAAUUUUCCCAAAAUUUGCAAAAAGUUUUUUUGACAAAUUUUGGAAAAUCUUAGAAAAUCAAUUUUCCAAAAAUAUAGGUUCAACGUAGUUGACAUAACUAUACUGUUUCAUUUAAUAUUAACGUCCGCCUACAUGGUUCUUCCUUCAAUCUCGCCGAUUUGCAGCAUUUAUGGAGACUAAAAUUUAUUUUUACUUAGGAACGUAAAUUAAGGUAUUCUGUGUACUAACGAUACUAAAACUCACACCAUACAAAGGUAGCUAUAUAUCUUGUCAUAAAUGUUUGGUUAAUUUACCAAACAUUUUUCUUUCUUUAUUUAAUUUUAUAAUGAUGAUGAUACCGUAGGAGAUAUAAACCUAUUCUUGGAAUAGGAUAAAGCAAUAGAGAUUUUUUUCUACACCAAAGAUAAAAUAAAAAUAUUUUGUUUACAAAUUAAAGUUAGAUUAAGUCAAUAGUAAGUGGUCAAUCUGUGUUUUAUUGUAAUUUGUUCAUUUCUUAGUGAAACGAAAUUCUUUUUUAUUUGAAUGCAAUAUUUUUAAUACAUAAAAUGAUGAUGAAAUAUCAA